AUGUCGACGAGAUGGGGGGGCGAGCCGGGGGGCCCCGGCGAGGGGGGCGACCCCGGGGAAAGGGCAAAGGGGGCCCGCCGGGGAGCCGGGACGCUCCCCGGGGCUCGAGCUGCCUCGUGGGCCCCGCGGGCGACCGGGGUCCUCCCAGCACCGGCGAAAUUUGGCCGGAAAGGGCGACUGCGGGCUACGGCACCCCCGGGGGCUGCGGGGCCAGGGCGAAGCCCGGCCGCGGAAAUCCCCGGGACCGCGGGCCUCCGGGGCUCAGCGGCAAAAAGGGGAAAAGUCGGCAAAACCCCUUGCUGGCUAACGGGCGAGUUCGGGCUGUCCGUCGAGGCAAGCACGCAGCAGCCUGAGCAGCAGCAGCAGCAGCAGUCUUCUCAGCGGAUGAGUUCACCGUAA